AUGGCGUGGAGUCUCUCCGGGCCCACGAGAUGCUGCGAUGGGCGGGAUGUGCCUGAGUUGGUCGCAGAAGCCGCGGCACGCGCCAAGACAGCUGUAGCCGUGCAAUGUGAAGCGGAUGCAGUGCCUGACGCUACGGACUUGGACGCGGAGGACCAGCUGAGUCGACAUCGGACGAUGUUGACUUUUGACGAGCUGACAGCCCGAACCUGGACCUUGGAGCAAGAGCUGCGGCGUCUGCGCCGAAAGCCCCAUGAGGCUGACCUGGAUAAUGGUAUCGUGGCAGUGUGUCUGCAACGUACGCCCGCAAUGGUUGUUGCUCUGCUGGCCAUCCUCGCCGCGGGUGCCGCAUACCUGCCGCUCGAGCCCACGCAUCCCGGCGCUCGACUGCGCUUCCUCUUGGAUGACUCCAAAGCUCGCUACCUGGUGACUUGUUGGUGCGCUCGUCGCCGUGGUCUCCUUCCGGAGGAUCGGUUGGUCAGAAUAACAGCGAUGGACGGUCGACUGAUGAAUGCCCCGGUCCCCGAGAGCAAAGACCCUCAAAGAGAUGUCGGGAGCGACCUCGAACGUCCGGCCUACUUGAUGUACACCUCUGGGAGCACGGGAACCCCAAAGGGUGUCCUGGUGCCACGCCGCGGUGUAGUGAACGUGCUUCAUACGUUUGACGAGAUGAUCCACAAGCCAGACUCGAAGUGUGCUGGGCGAAUGCUGCUGGCCCCGACCACAUAUUGCUUCGACAUCUCCGUGCUGGAGAUAUUUUGGCCAUUGUGUUUCGGGUUUUCCGUAUUCAUUGUUUCCGCCAGUACAGCACGGAAUGGAAUGAAGCUUUCUCAGCUGAUCCAGCAGCACGAGGAGGCAGACGUGUUGCAAGGCACACCUGCCUUGUGGCGAUCUUUGGUGGCAGCCGGCUGGCGGGGCCAUGCAGGUCUGGCUGGCAUCUGUGGCGGAGAGGCUUUUCCGCAGAGCCUCGUGAGCCCACUGUCCAGGGCUGCCGGCGCUGGUGUCUGGAAUGCUUACGGGCCGACGGAAGCCACGAUCUGGACCACCACUUACCCGAUAGAGCCUGGCCAAUGCGAAAGCUGCGCAUCCAUCCCGAUUGGCCUGCCGCUUCCCAACGUCACCUUGACGAUCUCGGAAGAGGAGGCCAAUGCCCCCGAAGUGACUGGCGAGCUGCUCGUCUCAGGGGUCGGUGUGGCGUUGGGCUACCACCAGCGGCCGCAACUAACUGCUGCAAGUUUCCUGGAAGACAGCCGCGGAACAGUCUAUCGAACGGGGGACCUCGUGCGGGUUCUGCCGGACCGAGGAGCUGGCUUGGAAUUCCUGGGCCGCAAAGACGAGCAGGUGAAGUUCCGUGGCUUCCGCAUCGAGCUGGGGGAGAUUGAAGCGGCCCUAGAAAAGCACAGUGCCGUGCUGGCAGCUGCAGCGGCCUUGUCGUCCGCAGGAGCAGAAGCGAGUCCACAGCCGUCCUUGCUUGCGUUUGUCCAGUGCCUUCACGGCCAAAGCCGACCCACGUCUUCACAUCUGCGGUCGCACCUG